AUGCAAGCAAGCAAGCAAACAAACAAACAGACAAAAAAGCAAGCAAACAAACAAACAAGCAAGCACACACACACACACGUACACAAACAUGCGUGUAGACAUGUUCACAGGGUUUUACAGACACGGGCCAACGUAGAUGAAAUUGUUUUCAGUCGUUGCCAGGACGUCCAUGCCGAAAGGGUAGCGGCGGACAUCAAUCUGGUUGCCAAUGCUUUGGUGACCCAUCUGGAGGACAUAGAGGCACAAAAGGAUCUGGUGGCCAGCGCUCUCGUGACCCACCUGGAAGCCGUGGAUGCGCGGAAGGCUGCUGAGGGUGCUUCGGACAUUGACUUGCAGGAGGCCGUGAUACAAGAGCACGAGGACGCCGCCACGAAGAUAGUAGCGAAUGCCCUGGCUGGCCUGCUUGGCGCUUUUUCCGACGAAUCUUCAAGGAGAGAAAGCAUCCCAGAGCACGAGGCUGUGGAGAGCGAUCACCCCGAUGCCGCAAACGUUCAAACGGUGGCGCGAAUACUGGCCGGGCUUGUCACGGCAGCAGAGUCGGACGUUGGCUCCCUGAUGGGGCAGCUGGAGGACGCCGCGAGCGACAGCCUCCAGCAUGAGGCUGUGGAGAGCGAGCACACCGACGAUGCAAAUGUCGAAACAGUGGCGCGCGUACUGGCGGGGCUCGUCACGUCGGCAGAGUCGGACGUUGGCUCCCAGGAGGAGGCAGCAAGCGACAGCAUCCAGCAUGAGGCUGUGGAGAGCGAGCAUACCGACGAUGCAAAUGUCCAAACAGUGGCAUGUGUGCUGGCCGGGCUUCUCUCGGCAGCAGAGCCGGACGUUGGCUCCCUCAUGGAAGGAGGGCGUGACAGCAUCCAGCAUGAGGCCGUCGAGAGCGAGCACACUGACGAUGCAAACGUGCAAACGGUGGCCCGCGUGUUGGCCGGUCUCGUCACAGCAGCACAGCGAGAUGUUGGCCCGUUGGUGCAGGUGGAGGAGGCUACGCACGACAGCCUCCAGAAGGAGGCCACUGAGAGCGCGCGAGCCGACGUGGCGCGCGUAGUGGCCGGGCUCGUCACGGCAGCAGAGUCGGACGUUGGCUCGUUGGUGCAGGUGGAGGAAGCCCCCCGCGACAGCAUCCAGCAUGAGGCCGUCGAGAGCGAGCACACUGACGAUGCAAACGUGCAAACGGUGGCCCGCGUGUUGGCCGGUCUCGUCACAGCAGCACAGCGAGAUGUUGGCCCGUUGGUGCAGGUGGAGGAGGCUACGCACGACAGCCUCCAGAAGGAGGCCACUGAGAGCGAGCGAGCCGACGUGGCGCGCGUAGUGGCCGGGCUCGUCACGGCAGCAGAGUCGGACGUUGGCUCGUUGGUGCAGGUGGAGGAAGCCCCCCGCGACAGCAUCCAGCAUGAGGCCGUCGAGAGCGAGCACACUGACGAUGCAAACGUGCAAACGGUGGCCUGCGUGUUGGCCGGGCUUGCCAUGGUGGCAGAAUCGAAGGACGCAGGCGAGUCGUCGCGAAGGGUGUCCGAGCAGGAGGAACCUGUGGAGCGCUCCGGAAACACAGAGGACCUCAAGGCCUGGAGCAGCUUUGAUGAGCAGAGUGCUGUCGCAGAGGUGGUGGAUGCCGUGGAG